AUGGAGGGAAAAACGGGCUUUUUCUAUUUUCGCGAGAUAUUUGGAAUCGUAACCUCUGUUUUCACGAUAGGAACUGCAGCGCCUAUUAUAGUUUUUAUGUAUCUCGACAAUCCAACAAUUUUUGACGAUCUAGAAACAUCCUGUUCGCUUAAAGGAAGUUUUGCCUUGUUCUGCCUUGCGGCUUGUUUGGAAGUGUUCCUCAUCUUCUUGAAAUCCUCUUGUUUUGGGUUUGCCUUUCUUUGCAAGGGAAGAUGUCGAAUAAAUUGCUACCAUUUAGUUGUUCUGUUGCAUUUUACGUCGUGUAUGUUUCUUUUCGUUGGGGUUACUGUGUAUGCCGUUAAACUGAAUCCUAAUAUUUGGUACUGGAACAUGUGUACCAUAGCCGCCUUCCUUUCCAUGGUCAACUGCUUUGUUGCCUGCAUAUUUCAGAGAGAGUAUCGAAGAUUACGAAGAGAGGAUAUGGCGGAUUCUAGACUGAUGAAAAUGAUAGGGAAUAUACAAGGAGCGACUGAGAAUAUGAGUUGGGGAAAACAAGAGCAAGGACAUUUCAUUAAAGAAAAGGAAAUUAAAACAGGGAAUGAAAAUUUGUUGGGUAUUAAGAAAAUGAUUGGAGAGGAAAAUACAGGGUUGAUAUCCCUGAAAGAAAGUGAUGUUGGAAUACAAAUGCAGAACUUUUGA